GCUGGACGUCAUUCUUCAUUUGACUCGGUGACAUGCAGCUCAAAUACAUCGCCGUCCUCGUCGCCGCCGCGUUCGCCCAAGACGACUCGAGCACCGACGCACCCAUCGCCGAAGCCACGUUCAAGCUGAAGCCCGGUGUCUGUAACGCCGCCGGUGCCGAAUGCAAGAAGUUCGGCACUGGGUCCGACUACUCGUGCGUUGCCGUGCAGUCGUCCACGGCGUCGCUCAGCCAACUGUCGCAGUGCGUCAAGAAAGCUGACCUCACUGGCAGCAACAUUUGCGUGAGCAAGCAAGCCGGAGUGUGCCCCACGUUUGCCAGCUGGCCGGCCGCGUACCGUCAAGUCCAACCCAUCUGCGCGUUUGUGCCCGACCCCAAGUGCACGCGGGCGGUGACCGCGACCGGGGAAGUGGUGUCGGCUCGUCUGUUACAAGAAGGCAGCCCCACGACCACGAAGAAGGCAACAGUCGAGUGCUAUCAGCAAGAAGUGCCGCUCACGAACGGAACCGUCGCGCGCGUGAACGGGUUCUACAAGUGCAUUGACAAGGAACUGUACCGGCAAAAGAACUACGGCCUCGACCAAACCCAAAAGCAAUUCAAAGCGUGCGCCGGCAACACGACCAACGGGUUCCAGAACGGACUCUGCAACGGCCACGGCACGUGCUCGCCCAUCAACGCGUUCAGCUCCGAGUACGCAUGCAAGUGCAACCGAGGGUAUGACGAGAAGGACAACUGCAACGUACCCACAGGAAACGUAUGCGAUGGCCUCGGGCAGUGCGGCGCCUUGGGCGAGUGUGUGCCCGAGACUGGUUUGUGUCGGUGCAAACCUGGUUCUAUGGGUGACCAGUGCUCCCUGUGUGACAUCAAGUCCGAGUUGGCAUGCAGCGGGCCCACCAGCGGUAAGUGCGGCCUCGGCGGCAAGUGCGUGUGCGCUCCCGGCAUUGGCGGACCGCAAUGCGAAAUCAAGUCCGUGACUGAACCUCCGGCGAGAACCACAGGUGCCCCGGAUGGCUCUUCCGCCGCGCCUUCGUCGGCUGUGGAGGCCGCCGUGUCGAUGGCUGUGCUUGUGACUGCCGCCGCUGCCCUGUUUGCGUAGACGACAAAGAGUCGUGGUGUGAUGGUGGUUCUAAAAUCAUAUAGAUGACACGUAGUAGUAGUAGGACUUCAACAUAUAUAGUGUACCUCGGUCCUACUUGUAUAUUGGUCCCAGUGGAAUAAUAUAUAACUGUAAAUAUUAAUAAUUGUGUUAUACAGACCAA